AUGUACAUCACCCUCUAUUACGUAGUCACCUGGCUCCCUGAAUCUCUUCGCGUAGUCAGGGACCACUUCCUCUCAGUUUGCCCCACCACUCUCACCGUUGACCUCCUCGAGGAGCGCCUCCUAGCAGCAGAGAAGAGCAUAGUCGCUGUAGGAGCCUCUCGUGGUGACCCUUGCACCCCCGUCUUUGAGGGGUGUUCCCCCUCCCACCUCUUGCCUUCUGUUGCUUCUACUGCUGCUGCCGACCUCGUUGGUUUCUACGGGGUUGGCGCUGCGUCUGCCCCUAGCGUGAGACACCGCACCGGCAAGGGCAAGGGGGGCAAGGGCGCUAGAGGGGCUAGCGGGGGCGGUGGAGGGGGUGGUGGAGGCAAUGGAGGGGGUGGGGGUGGUGGUGGGACUGGUGGCGGGGGUGGCGGCGGUGGUGGCAGCAGUGGAGGCGGAGGAGGCGGCGGUGGCGGCGGAGGGAGCGGAGGCGGCGGAGGUGGCGGAGGCGGCGGUGGCGGAGGCGGCGGAGGCGGUGGUGGCGGCGGCGGUGGAGCUGGUCGCGACUCUGCGCAGAGGAGUGGGUCCGGUGGUGUUCCGCGCCAGCAGCAGCAGUGCGGUCGUGAGACCCUGUCCCCUCAGCAGCUUCGUGAGUGGGCGGGGAUUGCCAUAUUUGAUCUUGACUAUGAUGCUAUCCUUGCUACCAUGUAUGCUGUGACUUCUAGUGUUGAGGGUGACUGUUACCUAUGUGUACCGCCUGACCCGGGCAUUGAGGCUACUGCUCUAGGUGGUGGUGAGGCUGCUGCUCUAGGUGCUAGUGCGUCUGCUGCCCCAAGUGCUAGUGCGUUUGCUGCCCCAGGUGCUGAUGAGUUUGCUCUCUCAGGUACUACGCCGGCUCAGGCCUUACACACCUUCACCCUUGACUCGGGUGCGUCCCGCUCCUUCUUUCGAGACCGCACCACGCUUACGCCGCUUAGUCGGCCGGUUGUAGUCUCCCAAGCGGACCCCUAUGGGGGUCCUGUCCUUGCUAGCUUCUCCACUGUCUUGCCAUGCCCGGCGGCCCCCUCCGGCACCCUGUUAGGUCUCUACCUCCCCUCGUUCUCUACAAACUUGGUGAGUGGAGCGGACCUACAGGAAAGGGGGGUUGACCAGUUCUCUCCUGCGAGUCAGCGGGUGACCAACUGCACAUGUGCUUGGACAGGCCAACACUUGGCCACGUUCACCCGUCAGCCAGGGUCGAGCCUGUACACCCUUACUACUGAGUCUCCUCCGGCUGCUGAGUCUGCCCAGGCAGCUGCGUCGAGUCAGGUGUUUGCUGCAGCGUCCAGGGCCUGGCCCUACGUCCUCCCUCGGUAG